AUAAUAAUCAUAUAAUCAUACUAAACUGAAAUAUUUUCGACCAGAAACCAAUUUAAUUUUUUAUACCAAUGUAUUUAUUGCAGUGAACAUAACCUAGACAUGUAGAUUUUUAAAAUGUUAAAUUGCAUGCGACAAAACAUCGUUAAAUAUUUAUCUGGUGCCAAUUAAGUGUCAGAAAUUUCUAAUCAACAUCAUGUUGGCCAUGUGGAACUGCCUAGGUUCAUUUAACUCUUUUUAAUCAAGACUGUGUCAGUGAUACGUUGCAGCAGUCAUGUCCUUCUUCGUAAUUUUGUUUUGUGCAACGAUAUUUCUGCAUCGAGCUAAAGCUUCCUGUCACAACAUCGUUAACAGUUCCAAGGCGACGAGCUGGCUUGUCGGAAACGAGACUAUACCUCCGAUUACUGAACCUGAAAAUGCCUCGGACAUUUUAGAGGGACUUUUUCAAAACUACGAUAAACGAUUGAGACCAGGGCAUGCAGGAAAAGCACUUAGAAUUACAGUGUCGCUUGGGUUUUUGUCCAUUGGAAACAUUUGUGCUGAAAACAUGGAAUUUAACGUUGAUAUAUACAUGAGGCAGAUUUGGAACGAGUCCAGGCUGACCUUUGGCAGUAGAGACCACGCCCUUAUUCUACAGCAUGAAACUCUCGAUAAGAUAUGGUUGCCAGACACUUACUUUGAAAACGCAGUGAAAACCCAUGUACAACAAGAAACACGCACUGUGGUCCUGUAUGGAGACGGCUUGAUAGUUUUCUCUCAGAGGGUUACGAUAACAGCUACAACUUUGAUGAAUUUCCGCGCUUAUCCAAUGGACAAACAAGUUUUCAGAUUAGACAUCUUGAGCUAUGGAAGGGAUACCAAGCAACUGAACUACAGAGGAGCAAACAUUCAGCUUUUGAACAAAGAGAUGUCUGAAUUCGUAGUAACCAAUCAAAGCAUAGAGUACACUGUCAAAGAACUUUUUAUGGGUUGCUUUGACGUGCUGACCGUCAAGUUCGCGGCAAACAGAAGAGUUGGCUAUUACGUCAUACGGAUUUACUUCCCUUGUACCCUGUGCACGGUGGUGUCAUGGAUGGUCUUUUGGAUGGACUGCAGAAACGUCGGGGACCGGGGCACAGUGGGUAUCACCUCCCUCCUUACUCAGCUGUUCCUGGUCGGAAACAUCAACGAGGCCAUGCCACAUGUCAGCUACGUGAAAGCCGCUGACCUGUUCUUGAUUGUGUCGUUUGCGUUUACUUUUUUCGCGCUUUUGGAAAGUGUCAUCGUUUACAAGGCAGCUGCCUCUGGAAGACAAACCUCUAGGAAAGUUACUUCAAAGAAAGAAAAGGGAAACAAAUCCAGGGGGGAAAGCUACGAGAUGACUCAAGAACCAAACGCGUGUGCGGAUGGGGUCAGGGCAAACGAAGUUCAGGAUGAAAUUUCAACGCUGCAAAGGCUUCCUCGAGUAAAGGUUGUCGCAAGUUUGACUGAAAACAAGACAAGAAUGGACACUGUUUGGAUAGAUAGAAUAGCUAGAGUGCUAUUCCCUUUAGGAUACACGAUAUUUACUGUUAGUUAUUUCGUGAGCUAUAUGACCUAAUAAUGCUUCACCACUUAGGCUCGAUUAUGUAUGUAUAAAUGUAUAAAUGGAUACCGGCGAGCUUAAUGCUGGGGGGGGGGGGUAACCCUGCGAUGGACU